AAAACUUCAUCAUGGAGAACCAGCACUCUGAGGGUGCAGACGGGGCUGAAGGUAUUGUAACAUUGAUCUUAUUUGCCCCAUAUGGAGAAAAAAAAGUGCAAAUAUUUGAUUAAUUAGAAUCUAAUAUGUGCUACGUGGAGCUGCGCAGCUGUAUCGACGGCCUCAUAAAGGUAGUUGUUUAUGACUGUAUUGUGUAAAGACUGAAUUAAUAUCAAUUAUUUGCACACAAAAAAUCCUUCCUAUGGGUGAGCUUUAGAGGUGGUGGUAGGUGGAUUGUUUUACCCUUUGGGCAGAGCCAGGCCAGCUGUUUCCCCCUGCCUCCAGUCUUUAUGCUAAGCUAAGCCACAUUUUCUGGCUGUAGCUUAUAUUUAUCAUAUUUAACAGACAGAUGAGAGUGGUAGUGAUCUUUUCAUCUAACCCUCAACAAGAAAGCAAAUAUAGGUAUUUCCCAUUAAGUCAAACUAUUUCUUUAAAUGUCUUAUACUGAACUUGCAGUACCCUGAACAGCAUUGGGCUCGUGUGUGAAUUAGUAUCUUGCAAUCUCUCUGCCUCUCUAUCUCUCUCCUGCCUCUUAAUCAAGGUGUUUGCUAUCACCAACUCCACUAGUGACUGUAGCAGAAGAAUGAGUCUAUGUUUGCUUUGUCCAAUAUUCUUCCCUCCCCUUCAACCUGUGCCAAAAAGGCAGUAGUAAUAAGUACUAUAUUAAAAAGCGUCUGUGCCUGACGUGCUCAGUUCAGUUUGUGUCUGAGCCAUCUGUAUUUCAGCACUCAGCAGAGAGGCUGCCACAUUUUGGGGUGUUUGGGGCUUCUUUUUCUUCAAGGUGGUCCAACCAAACAUCUGAAAUAACACCAUGAACUGGGCCUUCCUUGAGGGCCUCCUAAGCGGGGUGAACAAAUACUCCACGGCGUUCGGUCGCAUCUGGCUCUCCAUCGUUUUCAUCUUCAGGCUCUUGGUCUUCCUGGUGGCCUGCGAGAAGGUCUGGGGUGACGAGCAAAAGGACUUUGAUUGCAACACCCGGCAGCCUGGUUGUCACAAUGUCUGCUACGACCACUACUUCCCCAUCUCCUACACCCGACUCUGGGCUCUCCAGCUGAUCUUUGUCACCUGCCCGUCCCUUCUUGUGACGCUCCAUGUCUCCUACCGGGAAGAACGUGAGCGCAAAAACCGCCUGAAGCACGGAGAAAACUGUACCCCCCUGUAUGAUAACACAGGGAAGAAGCGAGGAGGUCUUUGGUGGACCUACUUCUUUAGCCUGCUGUUUAAGAUGCUGGUGGAUGCUGUGUUUGUCUUCCUGCUGUUCUACAUCUACGAGGCCACGUUCUUCCCACCGCUGGUGAAAUGCAGCGAAGAGCCAUGUCCCAAUGUGGUGGACUGCUACAUUGCCAGGCCCACAGAGAAGAAAAUAUUCACCGUCUUCAUGGUGGUGACCAGCUUUGUGUGCAUCUUCCUCACUCUGUGCGAGGUCUUCUACCUGUGUGGGAAGAGGUUCUGGGAGUGCUGCCGAGGAGGACCUCGCUCAGUGAGAGAAACCUCCUUUAUGAUGACCAGAACCCCUCUGAAUGGGAAGGAGAACUCAGCGUACAAAGAGCCCGUCCCGGAGAAGGCCAAGAUGGUCGACAACGGAGAAGCUGUCAAAGAGAGUUCAGCCCCAGCGUACAGCAUAGCUGUCUCCUGAGAGACACAUAUCAUGUUAAUGAGUUUGACUUGUGAGACUAGAACAAGGUAAAAACUAUUAGGUUAGGUUGCCUUUGUACUGUUGGCCAGAUUUAUCUGCAAAAGAUUUGUGGUUUUAAAAAAAAUUGUUUACAGAGGUCAUGUCUUUAUUGUUUUAUAUCAAAAUUAUGUAACGAUUUUGUCCCUUAAUAUUGUUGAGCUGCAUAUGUAUUCUUUUUAAAGGCUUGUGAUCUAAAAUAACUGAUACACACUUAAGGUGAUUUACUGUAUUUUGACUAUUUAUAUGAUUAUUUGUUACAUUUCAUCUGUAUGGCCACAAAAUAAAAUUGCUUUACUUAUUCUGAGA